GGGUUCGUGAGGAAAAUGAAAGUUUAAAAUCACGUUCGCUCUAAUGAAUGAAAACGGCUAAGGAGCCAUAGUCUAACAACUCUCCUGCCCCUCUUGUGUACAGUGUGUCAUGGAUGCCAUCAGUGUGGGGGUGUUUGCGAAGAAGCCCCUCAAGGAGGUGGUCACACCCCACAAACUCUCCGUCCUCAGUCUAAUCUACGACUACAGUGUGAUGAAGAGCAAGUCAGAUGAGAAAUACUUCACACAGAAACAGAUGAGGAACUUCAUGACCUGUGUGCUCAAACUUCUUCAGAGCCCAGAUGUACCACUGCAGAAACUUCUGAACAACCUGAAGGGAACUCUCAGUCCCUCAUUACAGGAAGCCUUCUCCAACAGGUUGAAAGAGUUCUACUCUGACGGAGUCAGCCCCAUCAUGGAUUUCUUCCAGACUUUGUCAGAACUUCUGUCUACUGACAGAGGGACUGUGAUCAGCAAGACAAGUUUCUUAGGCAUGUUCAUCCGACGAAUGAUUCUGGCUUUUGAGAAGCUGAGCUUUAGCCAGGUGAUCUCCCUAUAUGGGCGUUUUAAGCUGUACUAUGAGGCUGUCUACCCUCCAGCAGCUCCCACAGACGAAGAAAAUGGAGAACUCAGCAAGUCCAUAGCCAAACUAUCCAUGAGCUUACCCAGUUUUCAAAACUUGCCAAAGUCUAACUUGACUAAAAAUCUGGAGGAUCUAAGUUUAAGUGAGGGGUAUGGUAAAGAAAUAACUGAGGGAUUUUAUUCACAGAAGCAGGCAGAGUUGUUCAUCACACAACAGGUUUUUCUACUACAGCACAAUGAAAAUGAAGCAAUGCCCCCUGAUAAACUUCAGGAUAAGAUUUCAGAGAUUCUGAAAAUAAACCCUGACUUAACAGAAGCGCAUUUCCUGAGCUACCUGAACAACCUAAGGGUGAAAGAGUACUGCACUGCUAUCCAUAAUCACUAUCACUACUUUGACAGACACAAGUUUACCUCCACUGACUCGGGGAACUCUUCAAACAAGUCCAAGGAUGAGGACAUUGGCAGGAGAUAUGCAGCUCUUAACUUGGCGUCACUCCACUUCCGAUUUGGUCAUAGAAAAGAGUCUUUAGCUGCGCUGCAAGAAGCCAUUAAACUUGCUCAGGAAUCAAAUGACCAUGUUUGUCUGCAACAUGCCCUGGGUUGGUUGUACAGGUUUAGGCUUGGAGGAGAACGUACAGCUGUGAAUCAGAUAGAGAGGUCAACAGUCAACUGUGAUGAUCUGAACCUACCAUACCUGACAUCAUUAGGGUUCCAGGCUUAUGCGCGGCAUGAUGCGUUAUCUGGGGUCAAACCUGCCAGUAUUUUCGAGCACUUUGUGAAGAGUGACUCUCUGAGCUGCAAACAUUCUCAGUUAAACUUCAUGUGUAUUAGCUAUGCUCAGAAGGCAGCCCUGUGGCAGAUGUAUGGCAAAAGAGAGAUGAGUUCUAUGUGCUCACAGUUGAUCCUACACCUGGAUACAUCUGACUGUGGCAUUUAUCAUUGUGGAGAACCUGGCUGUAUAGCGCUCUGUACUCUGGCUAAACAUCAUACUCAUCAGGGCUGUUAUUCAGCUGCUUAUGAGGUGAUCAACAAUAUUAAGAAACAUUACCCAGCGUCCUCUCAGUACGCCCAUAUAUGGAUGGCCUGCGAACAGGAAGUGAAUUUUACGAAGGCAAUGCUUGCUGGGAACUGGAGUCUAGCUGAAGAAAGUGUAGAUAAUAUGAGGGCAGUGUGUCAACAUGAGGCAGAUAUCAGGCGAGCAGUGUUGUUGAAGGAGAGAGGGGAGACAACUGUAGCACUGACUCUAUUGCAUAAACUGCUGAAAGAGGAUCAAGAGUGGGGAGAAGAGCACCUGACAGACGAGCUCCAGUUCACAACAGAGUACAGAUGCAGGUUGUUAUUGUUGCUGUCAGAGUUGCUGUGUCAGACAGGAAGCGCAAUGGUAGCCAUACCUCACCUACUGGACUGCCUGACGCAGGCCCGGCGUCAUCACCUGGAAUACCUGGCUGCUCUAGCUGGGGUCUACCUGGCCUACGUUCAGCUGCACAUCCUGAUGCCAAACCAGGCGUUGUCAUUGUUGGAUGAGCACUUGAAGAUAAUCCUUGUCCACGGCACUGUGUAUGACAAGGCAAGAGUGCUGUACCUGUACGCCAAGUGCCAGGUGGCUGCAACCAGCAAACAAACGAGCAAAGAGAAAAAGUCAGUACUGUUGUCCGUGGCAGCCAUGAUGACCUCUGUGAUUGACCUUUUCACCAAGGUCGAAGCUCAUCACAGGGUCAAAGACGCUGUGUACUUCCAGGCUCGGCUCUACCAUGACCUUGGCUACAAGACAGAACGCAACAACUGUGCGCGGAAAUUCCGUCAGUUGGAUCAACAGAAUCCCACCCUCUCCCAGGUGUUGGUCAAUGGAGUGUGACCACACAGAUGUAUAGGAACACCUGCAGACCAUUCUUUCUUUUCGAUAUUUCUCCUGUGUGGAAAAAACAUCAAGAACAAGGAAAGGCAGAAUGUCUUAGGGGAAUGUUUGUUAUCUCUCCCAGAUAUGCACGAGUGACAGGCACAGAUGUAGGGAGCACCUGCAUGCCAUUGUUACAUCUCAUGAUUUCUGUACAAAAGGUCAAGGACACAAGGAAAGGGAAAAUGUCUGAGGGAAUGUCAGUUAUCUCAUAAGUAACAUACCUGUUCCAGGUGUGCAUCAUUUGGAUCCUGCAGCAACAGUUUUAGGAUCAAAAUUGUAAGGUGAAAUCACCCUUAAAAGCGAGAUGGGGAUGUUAUGAUAUAGACCCAUGGUCAUGUGUCUGUUGAUUUUGCGCAAAAUUCAUGUGGAGAGAGAGAUUUCACAUUAGAUAGACGCGUUUUUCCCAAGUUUCAGAGGGAAUCUAUCUUAACUACAGUGCGUGUUGUGUCUUGCUUGAAUUAUAGGUUGACAAUAUGGCCUUGCAGAUAGUUGCCAUGGGAACGUUACCAUUUCUGUAUUAGUUAUAGAUGUGGCAUGGCUGAUAUCACACAAACAGCCAUGCCACAAUUAGUAGAAAGUGCUUUGUGAAAAUCUCUGUAAAAGUCACCUUGAAUACGAAAUACGUCAUUUUGUUAGA